CAUGCUUGGAAGUACCCUGUCGUAUAAGCAAAGUUGAGGCUGGGAACGAAAAAGGAAAACGGAGAACGUGAUCAGCUGAUUCAUUUCACCGCGACGAAAGAUAGAGCGGUCCCGAUCCCCUGCCUAGCUCUCUAUUACUUUUACUCGUGCAUCCGAGGGGGGCCAACUAUCAGAAAGAUCAUUCUCCACGGCCAGACAAACGAGGCGGUUCGGCAAGAAGGCAAAGAGUCGGCGAUGCCUCAAUAAUCGGGCAGCCGCAGACGACGGCGCCCGCCGGAGGAUCACCGAGAAAGAAACAGGACCAACAGGAACGAACGAACGUGAGCGCCGUAAUCACGGCAGCUGGAGGUAAUUUGAUCUGUCAUUUGCGCAACUAUCAGCACUGCGCCGCAGUCGGUCGGUCGCUUUCGAGGAGGGGGCGAGCGCCGCCGGCCAGUCUAGACGGCCGACGACACGCGUGCAUUCGCCGCCGCCGCCCCCUCUUCUUCCCAAGGAGCUCUUGCUCGAGAACCGGAUGCAUCGCCGUGCAAGCAGCGCCCGUUCGGCCAGCUUCCUUGCACAGUGAUCGCGGUCGCCCAAGAGCGCCGCCGCCGCCGUGCAUAAAGAGCCGGACUCGAAGAAGCAAGGCCGGCCCGGAGUCCGAACUCUGAACCCGGGCGAGGAGGACGAGGAGCAGCAGCAGCAGAAAACGGUGCUUUGACCUCGGCGCCGCUUCGAGCCGUCGCCGACGGGGGCGCGACGGCGGCGGCGCGCCGAGGGCGAGGAGGCUGCGCCGGCGCCAGCGGGGCCCCAGCAGACGCGCCAGUCGGCCUCUUGCUAUGCGCCGAGUGCUGUUGUGGGACGACUGUAUCUACCGUGUGGGGGCGCCGCGCGUCGUCGUCGCAGCAGUGAUGGCCGCCGAGCAUCAGAAGCGUGUCUCAUCGGCAGUUGCGGGCCCGUGCUCUGGCACCGGUCGUGUUUAGCAGUGCGGCCCGGCGGCAGCAGUGUGCAGCAGUGGCGACCGUGUGCAUGUGGCGCGGUGCUCGCGGGCGGCCGUCGAGCCCCAGAGCCGCCGCCAUGGGGGCCGGCGGGGCCGCACUGGGGCGGCGGCGACAGCGGCAGCGGUGAGCAGCGCGUCCCGCUCGGCGGCCUGUAUGCCACGGCGAGCUGGGACACCUCGGCGCUAUGGUGUGCGUUCAUGUUCGCCAGUAAGCGGUGCAAAUUGGUGAAACGCCUGUGGGAAGAAAGCGCCAAACUGGUGGUGUCGUACUACGCGUCGUCGCAGCCGCCGCUGUGCGCGGCGGCAUCGCCGACGGUCAGCUAUGAAGCCUUCUGUUCGCUGGAGGACCGCAAGGCCGUCGAGUCGAUGCUGAAGCAUCUGUGCGUAUCGCAGCUGCAGACGAUGCUGCAGGCGGUGCAGACCAAGGGACGGGACGGCUGCGAGUGCCUGCUGUUGCCACACCACGACGUCAAGCUGCCGCACGAGGUCGUGGCGCCGCACGUGCUCUGCUGCCGACUCUGGCGCUGGCCCCAGCUCCGGCACCACUACGAACUGAGGCGCUUGCCCUGGUGCGCGGCCGCGUCGCCGCCCGUGGUCUGCUGCAACCCGUACCACUGGAGCAUCGUGCAGAAGCCAGAGUCUCCACCGCCACCGUACAGUCUGCAGACCCUGGAGGAGAGCUACCUACCCAUCGAGUCGUCGCCACCGCCUCCUUACAGCCUUCAGCCGAUGGCCGAUGCCUGCUCGUUGCCUUUCGGCUACUCGUCGACGACCCCGGUGGACUGCGCCACCGGGCCCGUCGGGGAGGCCAGCGGGGACGACGACGAGCCGUGGUGCCGCAUCGCCUACUGGGAGCUGAACGAGCGCGUGGGAGACCUGUACUCGGUGCAGCGGCCGUGGUUGCACGUCACCUUUGACGAGUGCGCUCCCUCGUCGUCGGCGCGCGAAGAGGCGCUGCAGCUGCUCUCGCUGGCGGCGCCCUCAUCUUCCCCCGGCGGGCCGUGCAAGGAGACCGUGGCCCGGACGCGUGCCAAGAUCGGCCAGGGCCUGACCCUGCUGCACGAGCGCGACGGCGUCUGGGUCUACAACCGCUCCCAGCACGCCGUGUUCGUGGCGUCGCCGACGCUCGACAUGCCCACGGUGCGCAACCUCACAGUAUUCAAGGUGCUGCCCGGCUACUGUCUGCGCGUCUUCGACUGGGAGCGGGCGCGCUUCUACCGCAGCAUCCCGUCGGUGUCGUGGGACGGCCCGUACGCGCCCAACGUGGCGCGCAUCUCCUUCGUCAAGGGCUGGGGCCCCAAGUACGCCCGCCAGAUCGUCACCGCACUGCCCUGCUCCCUCGAACUGUUUUUCCGCACCACGCCGCCUCCGCCCAGGUGAUGGGGCUGACAAACAAACUCGUUGUCUUUUCGUUGUUCGGCCCCGGCUGGACGAGAGGCUCCCGUGCGGACUGCCGUUGUCGCGGGUUGCGGGUCUGCCUGACAUGUUCUUUUUUUUUUUUUUUUUAACAUUCUCGCACUGCCCCACUCCCCGUGCUUGUGUCGGCCGGACACGCGGCAGCGGCUGCGUCCCGUCGCUAUGAAGGCGACGCGGACGUGUUCGUCGUGGCAGGGAGCGAGACCCCGGUAGGGAGAGGCUUUCUUUAUGUCUGUGUGUGUGUGGUCUUUGCGCCGAAGAAGCAGGGUGUGAAAGCUUUCUGGUUACGUGUGCGCGAGAAGUUCCUCGGGUAGGCAAGAGUGGCGCCACCUCUUUCAUUCGCUUUGCUGCUCCCCAACCAUUAAGUUGGAAACAACUGCCUUGAGGGCGAGGCACUGCCAUCGCAUCAACGCGUAAACACGCAAGCGAGCGUUGUGACUGAUUAGGCCACGUCAUCGUCGUGUUGUACUUCUUCACAGCUGAUUGGUUGUGUUCUACUGUCACGAUUGGGUCGUAUGCCACAGACCGGUGUUCUCCGAGGCACGCUUGUUAUGAAACCAUGUGUUAGCAGAUAACAUAGUUUUUGCUAUCAUCAGUCAUGUGCAGUUUAGAGUUAUUGAAGCAUUCAAAAUGCACUGGUCCCAUUCUUCUAGUGUGCUUAUCGAAAAGUCUUGACUUUUGGUUUUGUUCUCAUGGACCUGCCACCCUUUCAUUUGUGUAUGUACUGAGGAUCAAAAUCCACCACAAUGAGUCGUUCGAUUCACAGUAAGCAAUAGUUGCGUUAACAGGGGCACGCUUUGCAGUCAUUAUCAUUUAACUACCAUUGUCAAAAUAUAAGUACACCAAUUGCUUAAUUUUGAGCAUCAAAGCCUUAUCCCUGAGAGCUUGAAAGUGAAACUUUGUGCAGACCACAGCUAAAUUUUGCGCAAAUGCUAUCUUGUUAACUCGCAAAGAGCACUGUAAUGAUGGAUUGUUACCCACUUUAGGUGCUGCUCUGUUCAUUGAGAGUUUCUCUGUACUACCCAGUCCAUUAUUGCACAUUGUUUAGAUCUUUUCGUUUGCUGUUGUGCACUCUAAUCCAUGCUGACUUGUCAAUGCGAAAAGUAAUGAAUAUGAAAAAGCUUAUUGGCAACUAGAAAUUGCAUUUCAAGCCUUUGAUUGACUUGUGUAUUGUUCGUUGCAUUACUUGAUCAAAGGAAUGUGGCUUCUCAUUUUUUGUAAGGUGUUGUCCUGGUCACGUGCUUUUGCCAGGUUAGCAAGGAGUGGAGUACACAUACUGUGUGCACUUAUGGAGACCUUCAAAACAAAAAACGAAUGAAAUAACAUACUGAAUGCAUAAUAUAUGGCUGCAUUCACAUAAAUGUAGUAGAAGUCUAGAAUCCACAAGGACUAGUGCCUAUUUUUCACAUUGAAAAAAGUUUUGUUCCUAUUCGCACUGUAUGGCUGUAUAUUUGCUGCUACUGUAUUUUGAAUGUAGCCCAGGGCACAGGUUUUAGCAGCUACCUUGCGCCUGGUACCUGCUCCAGUUACUUGUAAAAGCAAAUGUGUAGGAGCACAAAUUGUCUCUGCUGAUGCUUCUAUUGUGUGUUCUGAAAGGACGUGCUGAAAUCAAACAUUCAAUAGUUCUGGCCUUGCUCAAACCACAGAUGAAAACAAAACACAUGAGCUGUUCUAUUGCACUAGCGUGACAGCUGUACAUGUCUUAAAUGUAACCAUUAAUUUCAAGACACUGAAAUGGUUUUAAUGCUGGUGUAAAAUGCACAUUUAGUGGCAGUUUUUCUAAAUCUAUUAUAGUUUAGUAUUGCUGCUGUAAGCUAAAUUUGUCAUGGCAAGUAUUCAGGCCAUCUCUGCACAUGAUUUGACUGUUCUUCCAUCAUCUGUAAAGUCAUCCAGCUGAUGGAUGUAAAGUCAUCCAUCAGCUGGAUGACCUUGCAUGUUACUUGCUAGCAUGAUGUAAUGAAUUUAGCCUACCCGAUACUGCAAAGGGUUGAAAUUGCGAACAGUUUUUACUAUGUUACAGAAUUUGGCAACAUUCCAUGUCUUGGGAUUUAGCCAUGCAUUCUUUCAAGUUAUGUGCUUGAAUAUCGUCAUCCUUUAAAACCGCUUCAGAGUCUUCGAGGAAAGCACUAAAACAAUAUUGUUGGUUUACAUGCAAAAUGUGCCAGACUUCUGCAAGUUUACGCAAAUGCCCCCCCCCCCCCCCCCCUUGUCCCCUUCUAUUAGCUGAUAUGGUCGAGAUGCUUGCAAAGAUUAUUGCAGCGCUUGAUGGUGUAGUCUAUGAUAACCGGUGUCAAGUUUGUGCAACGUGUGUUGGCUGAAAAAUCUGAGGCAGGCAGAAGGUGCAGCCUGUUGCAUCGUCACGUGUAGUCUAUAUUCUGCUGGGUGAAAUGCCAGGGAAGGUAAUUUGUGAGGUGUUUACGUUGAUGACUGGAAGCACCUAUGCCAUUCUCAUAAACAUUGCUGUUGUCCUCUUAAAAGAGGAUGACCAACUUGCUUCCCCGAGUGUUGAAGCCUCUGUUGUUGUGGAGUGCAAGAGAUACUAGUUUGCCUGAAGCAGCUUCUUCCUUCAUGCGAGUCAGCUUAUUUAUUAUCGUGGUUCCCGCUGAGUAGGGAAGAAAGAACUGCCUGCUAUGACUUUAUAUAUAUAAAUAUAUAUAUAAAAUAUAUAUGCUUGUGAUGUGUCUCAGCACAGCCUCCUCCUCCCAUUUUAUCCCUGCUCUCAUUUCUCUAAAGCCUCUCCUGAAAGGAAAAGAACAGAGUACAAAUUGCUUGUUGCAUUCUCUUCUGGUGUGUCUGUAUCCGCUUCGCUGCAACUAGGUGUUUUUGCAAGCAGCUGCGUGUUGAGCAUGUGGACACUGUGUAGUGUGUUAAUUUGUUGAGAACUCACGCUGUUUACUGUAUCUAGUUAUUUUUAAUAAUACUAUUAUGGUAAGCAUGAAGAAUGGAGUUACUUAAAUCAGAUGUGUGUUGUUUGAAUCAUCUUCAUCUUUCAAGCUCUCAGACUCGUCGCCGCCUGUGCUCAUUCUUCUCAUAAAUCGGUGCCCAGCCUGAGAGAUUUAAGUUUAUUGUAGAACAGAUGUUUGCUUCCUAAAAGCUUUGCGUCACCUGUGCAUUUCUUUUUACUUGUUCUUAGAUCUUCACAAUAACUGCUUUCUUGUGGCACAGCACAGCCUGUAGGUCUAGGGUCAGCACUUGAUGUCCCAAUGCUUGUUGUCUUGUGCGCUGUGCAAGUUGACUUAGCUCUCUACAGACCCCGCGCAGUCAAACCUUGCCUCCAGCUGGAGACAUUUUUAUCUCAUAGGUGCAUUCGUGGAAGGUUUGAUUGGGUCUCCUGUUCCUUUGAAGGGUCGAGACAAGUGUUCCGCUUUUCCCUUGCCACUCUUGUCACUCUGUUCAUGUGUCGUUGACGUUCCUCUGAGCUUGAUGAGGGCGCUUGGUGCUGUUGCAGUUUGAAAAAUUGCUUCCUUUGAAUCCCAACCAGGCAGCCUGAAAAAAGAUACAUCUGUUGCCCCAAGGCGCAUUGUUGAUAACUUGCUUUGAAGUGCAUGCAAAUGCUUUCAUGUGGCUCAUACAGACGUUGCUCAUGGCAUCUUUGUAACUGUGUAUGAGAGGAAUCAAUCCAACAUGAUUUAAUGUCUGUUGCUGAUGGUGUUUCAUGCUGAUUGCUAUGCUUUCUCCCUUUUCUCACACAUCAUCACUUUAACCUUUUCUUCUAAAGUUCAGCAUCUUGACCAAGCCCACCUGUCAUCUUGUAGGAAUGUGAUGUGCCUUUUAUUGUUUCCUCUGGCAUCUCGUGGGAGCUUGCUUCCUCUUCCCCAUUGACAGCUUGAAAGCAUGAUUGCCAAGCUUUGGGUACGCGUUUGUCCACCUCACUUUGCAGGGAAAUGUCUCGCCCUUUAGUACUGUGCGUAGUGGGUGCCCAGCCUGGUUCGCCUUCCUGAUUGUGCAAAGGAGGCCCUCCGUGCAUGCAGCUCACGUCUUCCACAUGGGGCCGACCCUAUCCUAGCAGGGGAGGGCCGAGCCCCUUUCUCCGUCACAGACAUUUCACGUUUCUCACACCUGCGUCGCCAUGUGGCUGUCUAACCUUUCCCCAAUUGUAUUGGCUUUCUCCGUUUUCAAUGAAGGCCUUGCUGCAAGCUAUGGCAUUGAGCUUCUACGAACACUGUACUCGGCAAGUCUCACCUCUUCGUUGGUGUAUGCGUGGCAUGUCUGUAGUAUUCUCAUUGACUUGGGGAUUUCUGAAUUCAUAUACCCACCAAAUGAGAUGUUGAAGAAGCUUUCCACAAAAUUGAGUAGUGCGGACACUCUGCCACUUUACCUUCCCAUGAAACUCGGCACCAAAUUCUUGUGAGGGUUAGAUGAUGGAGUUUUGACUGGUGGCGCCACCUGUGGCACUUCUUUUUUUUUUUUUUUUUCUUUCUUUUCGGUAGUCUACUAGGCUUUGCGAGUUAAAACAGGGUUAGGCUGAAGAGCCAUUUUAGGACACCUUUUCAUGUUGCACUCCCCGUUUCUCUAUCUUCUUGCGUCUGUUGUCCAUUCUUUCGCCCUCUUGUUUUUAUUGAUGAAAGAACACAUGAAGUGCCAAAAUCUGUAGUAGGAACUUCGUUGUUGUCUGCGUCUCUGUUAGGGCUCAGGUUAGGGGAAAAAGCAGGGAAAUUGAAGAUCCUGUGGCAUAUAUUGUUGUGCUUGGGUGAAAACGCUAUCACAUCUGCCAUGGCCACAGCUUUGUUAGCAGGCCAAGGUCUUAGUGCCUCGCUGCAUCCCUCUCUCUCUUGUGUGUGUUGCAUGCUAAGCAAACCUGUGAACGUUUUCAGCGAAAGCGCAUUCUUGUGGUACAUGCACAUGCAAAUCACUCAGAAAAGAAAACUAUUCCAUCCACUCUUUGGUAACGAAAAGAUUAUAUGAAUAUAUACAUAUAUAUAUAUAUAUAAAUAUAUAACUGAUGUGUGGACAUACUGUUCAGCAGCUAUAGAAGCUAGGCGAAGCCUGCAGAAAGUAAGUGCCUGGUUGGUUGGGGAAAAAAAAUUGUGUACGCUGUACACUGUUGUUAAGCGUGCGUGUAUAGAUGCACUUUUUCUAGAUAGUAUAAUCUUCUUUCCCCUUAGAAGAGACAAAUGGCUUCGUGCUGCCCUUUCUUACUUUUCUUCAGAUGCAUCUGUCUGUAUCUGUGGCUCCAAGAUGCAAAUGAAAAAAAUUUUUCUACGCGUGGUAUGGAAGUGACAAUCCAAUACCAUUCUGCCUGCCUCAAUGCCUUACGAAUACUGUGAAAUAGAAGCAAAUGUACGAAAAAGAAGCUGUGUGUGUGCGUGCAUGUGUGUUUUAAUAAGUUUGCUCAAGCGUCCUAGACUGUGCUGUAUUAUAUGUUUCAUCGUUUUGGAGUGUGGAGGCACGAUGAGAAUGACUUAACGAAAGCUUUCCUUUUUCUCAUGCAUUUUUGUACAUAUGUAAAGUGUAAAUAAUGUUUUUUUUUUUCUUUUUUUUUCUAGUAGGUAUGUGUUUUUUUCCCCUUGUGACCGGUUCCACUGUCAAAUGCGUGGCUUUGUACAAAUUCUGUCAGAAGUGUACAAAAUGAAAAAAAGAUACUUUCUACUGUAAUAAAGGUACAGGUAUCCUA